AUAGCCGCAGUUAUAAUAGUCCAACCGUGCCAAUCGGGUUGGCUUAGUUCCACCGAUUUCUAUGGAGCUUAGUCCAGCUUUGCGACUGCAGCGGAGGAGAUCUCCAUCAGAAUGGCACGGCGAUCGCAGAUCUGGUUGCUCGGGCUGUAUUUCCUACUGGCACCUCCGUUGAUCCUGGCCAUCCGAUCCUCCCAGUCGCUGGCUCUCCUGCGAGCCCGGGAUCAGUGCGGCAGAGAGCUGACCGCCGGCCAGCGCCUCCUCCUGGACAGGAUGCAGUUCGAGGACGCUCCACAUGUGCGCCACUACCUCCAUUGCUUCUGGUCGCGCCUGCAGCUCUGGCAGGACGCCUCCGGUUUCCAGGCCCAGCGCAUCGUCCAGAGUUUCGGGGGCGAGAGACGCCUCAAUGUGGAGCAGGCGCUGCCCGCCAUCAACGGGUGCAAUGCGAAGACGCGGUUCCGAGGCUCAGGAUCUGGAAUGGGUUCAGUGGUGGACUGGUGUUUCCGGGCCUUUGUCUGUGUGCUGGCCACGCCAGUGGGGGAGUGGUAUAAGCGGCACAUGUCCGACGUCAUCAAUGGAAAUGCCUAAAAGUAUCCAAGUACAAUCAGUAGAUUGAAUAUAAAAUAUAAAGUUUAAUAUAGAGCAAACAAAACUUUGAUUUAUCCAGAAAAAAUAAAUAUUCAGAGGCCUUGGAAAUAUUUCCUCAUAAAGAACUAGG